CGUUAAGCUGACGGACCUCGGGCUUCGCGGACGCGGGGAGAAACGCGCCACUGACUUGAAUCGACCGGACUGAGAAGUGGUGUUUCCACAGAUGUGUUUGUGCCGGAUGCAUUCGUGCGUGUGCGGGACGGCUUCGAUUGUUCGGGACUUUGCGUUAAUGUCUAAUGCGAGCGCGUGCACUUGGAUUUCUGCUGAAAACAACAACAAAAAACGGAACAGCCACAAGAAAACUAAUUGUUAAGUGAGGUGUUUCUUUCCCCCACCCCCCCCAACUAGUUUAUUGUUACGUUAAAAGCAGGGUGUGAAGAACUUGACUUUCUGCACAUUUCAACCACCGAUCGAACCAAAUGCGGAGAGAAAGAUGCGUCUGGGCCAGGCUUUACUGUUUGUCCUCCUCCUCAACUGCGCAACUUUGAGCUCAUCCCUCUCAACUUGUGCCACGGUGGACUUCGACCAUGUGAAAAGGAAGAGGGUCGAGGCGAUACGUGGUCAGAUUUUGAGCAAACUCCGACUGACAAGUCCUCCACACUCCCUCGGACCGAGUAAAGUCCCUGAUCAGAUCCAAGCAUUGUACAACAGUACCAAGGAGCUACUGGAGGAGCUCCGGAGGGAUCGGCAGCAGACUUGCGGUCAGGACAACACGGAGACAGAGUACUACGCCAAAGAGAUAUACAAAUUCAACAUGGUCAACGGACUACCCGAAAGCAACGAUCUGCACUACUGCCCAAAAGGCAUCACGUCCAAGGUCUUCCGCUUCAACGUCUCCGCAAUGGAGAGGAACUCGACCAACCUCUUCCGAGCAGAGUUUCGGGCUUUCAGGGUGCCGAACUCGAGCUCCAAGAGGAACGAACAGCGGAUUGAGCUCUACCAGAUCGUGAGGCCGAACGAACACAUCAGGAAGCAACGCUACAUCGCAGCCAAGAACGUGCUGACCAGAGGCACCUCGGAGUGGGUCUCCUUUGACGUGACUGAGACGGUGCGGGAAUGGCUGAUGAACCGAGGAUCUAAUCUGGGUUUGGAAAUCAGUGUGCACUGUCCCUGCCACACCCUCAACCCGAACGGGGACAUCAUUGACAAUGAGAACGAGGUGCUGGAGGUGAAGUUUAAAGGUGUGGACGUAGAAGAUGAGCAGAGUCGCUGGGAUCUGGAUCACCUGAAGAGGAGAAAGGAGCAUCACAUGCCCCACCUGAUCCUCAUGAUGAUCCCGCCCCACCGCCUGGACACUCAGUCCACGCGCCGACGCAAGAGAGCGCUGGACACAAACUACUGCUUCUCAAACACGGAGGAGAGCUGCUGUGUUCGCCGGCUGCACAUCGACUUCCGCCGCGACCUGGACUGGAAGUGGAUCCACGAGCCCAGCGGCUACGACGCCAACUACUGCUCGGGGCCGUGCCCUUACCUGAGGAGCUCGGAUACGACGCACAGCUCGCUGCUGAGCCUGUACAACACUCUGAAUCCGGAGGCCUCGGCCUCCCCCUGCUGCGUCCCCAAAGACCUGGAGCCCCUCACUAUACUCUACUACUCUGGACGGACGCCCGUAGUGGAGCAGCUCUCCAACAUGAUCGUCAAGUCUUGCAAGUGUAGCUGAGAGGACGCGGAAAGGCGAGGCAGGAUUUUACUCGGUACCGACGAAACCCCAUGCCCCCCCCUCCCGGGACUUUUAGCUGUGACAGAUGCUUUACCCGACGCUGUGGCCUCAUGGCCAACAUCUGGAGAAAAAAACAAAGAAAGAAAUGGCCCUGUUCAUCUUAAAAAGUCCAAACCAAAUGCCAUGCCCUUGAAAUAUUUCCCCUCUCGAUAGAUGGACAACGCACUCGAUCAAUGAAGCCCUGUGCAAAUUAAAAUGGUCCAAACGCAUCAGGAGGGGCUUCAAGUACCAUGAAUAAAAAGAGACACUAUUCUGUAGUCGAUUUUGUGCUUCAGAGUUUGAGCAAAUAUGCCACAAAGCUCUCAUCUCUAAAUGUAUUUUUUUCUCUGUCUCUAGCCGUGGGGGCGAUACUGCUAUUAGUCACAAAUACAGACUGUGCUCCACAGAACUUUUGAAGGGUCCUUUCAGGCUGGGUUGCAUAACUUCACCUUAAGUUCCCUUCUGUUCAAACUGUGGCCACUAUCUUAAAACACAAAAGGAGAAAGGAUAGACUUGCUGCUGCAUCCAAAGCCAUAGCUGUGGUCGGGGGAAAAGGAGAGCAGAGAGAACGCCUGCUGGAUUUGCAAUGGAAAGUGAAUGAAUAAAGACGUCGGGCCAAGCUUUUCUUUUUUUUUGGGGGGGGGGGGGGGCGGCCAGUAGUAAUGGCCUUCCUAUUUUUGUAUUUGCGGAGCAUCUAUUAGAAUAGAUGGAGGAAGAGGAAGAAGAAGAAGCAGAAGAGGAAGAGGAAGAGGGGGCCGGUAUGGAAGCAAAGAACUGUGAUGGAUACAAGCCAUGAGCACACUGCCGUUCACUGGACGUCUUCAUCUCCAACAGGUUCAAGUUAUUUAUCAAAGAAUUUACUGGAAAAGUGUUACGCAAUUGUUUUUCUAGGAUUUCUUUUACAUAAAUGGCAGAUUUGAUCUGUUCUAUAACUUGAAAUCUAGUUAUUGUUUCAUGAACUGGGACAAGAAUCAACGUUAUCUCCAUCGGUGGAAACACUUUUGUAUUAAAAUAAGGUUACGGUUACAUUUCCCUGUGAUUUUUGUCCAUGCUCCAAUUAGUGUGACCUGUUCUAUGUGAGAGUUAAAAUCAGAGCACUUUUCUCCAGUUGUUGUUUAAAAUGUUCCUCAUUACUCUCCUAUCAACUCACCCGUCACUCCGGCCAGCUGACAUGGAGCCGUGUGUGUGUGUGUGUGUGUGUGUGUGUGUGUGUGUGUGUGUGUGUGUGUCUGUGCGUGUGUGUGUGUAGUUCCCAGAAAACACUGCAGUCUUUCAUUCCCUCUGCUCCCUAUGUUUGUUUUGGUGCUCUUUUUCCAGUGUGAAGCCGUAAUGGAACCCCCCCCCCCCCCCCCCAAAAAAAAAUGAAACACGAGGGAAAAGUAUUAGCAUAACAGUGGCUGGAUGUAGAGUCACGAGAACAAUUCUGAAACCCUGUGUACCUUUUGACAUUUGCCAAUAGUCCAAUAGUCAUCUUGCCUUCAGGUGACAUUUAGAUGACGUUUUUUUGCAGUAAUGUUGUUUGAUUGUUGAUCGUGACUGUAAUUAAAAACACAAAAACGCAACAUCUGUACGAGCGCCUUUUAAGUCUCUCGAGCCACUCCAGCUUUGCACUUAGUGGAUUCUCAGACGUAAUAGAUCUGUAAAAUCAUUUAGCUUCAAGUUAUGAAACGAGGAAUUUACCAAUGUGUCUCGUCUGCCAUGUUGAAAUGCCAUUUAAAAUACAGUUUUUUCAAAGCGCUUUGCUUCCAUAACAAAACAUAAUUUUUCUAACUUGAAUCUCACCAGUGCCACCUGCUUCCUGCGGACUAUUUUUUUUUUUUUUUUUUUUACCA